CGGAACCAUAAAGGAACAGUCUUUGCGCUUGAAAACGUUCAGUCUCAUUCACAAAGAAGAAUGAGUUCACCAUCAUCAAAAGCCCUAAUCAAAACCCUGAUCAAGAACCCAACUCGCAUCAGAUCCAAACACCAAGCCAAGCAGCUCCACGCCCAGUUCCUCCGAACCCAAUCACUCUCCCACACAUCAGCCUCCGUCGUCAUCUCCAUCUACACCAACCUCAAACUCCUACACGACGCCUUGCUCCUUUUCCACACGCUCGAAUCUCCUCCCGUCCUCGCAUGGAAGUCCGUCAUCAGAUGCUUCACCGACCAGUCGCUCUUCUCUCGCGCAUUGUCUUCCUUCGUCGAUAUGCGAGCUUCCGGGAGAUGCCCUGAUCACAAUGUCUUCCCUUCUGUCCUGAAAUCGUGUACGAUGAUGACGGAUUUGAAGUUGGGUGAGUCUGUUCAUGGGUAUAUUGUUAGGCUUGGGUUGGAUUGCGAUCUGUAUACUUGCAAUGCGCUUAUGAAUAUGUAUGCUAAGCUUCAAGGGAUGGGUUCCAAGAUUAGUGCAGGUAAGGUGUUCGAUGAAAUGCCUCAGAGAAUAAUAGAUAGUGAAACUAUGAGUAAUGCUCUGCCUUCAGGGAUAGAUAGUGUGAGGAAAGUUUUUGAAUUGAUGCCUACAAAGGACGUGGUUUCCUGGAACACGAUCAUUGCAGGGUAUGCACAAAGUGGAAUGUAUGAAGAUGCUUUGAGGAUGGUUAGGGAGAUGGCAAGUGAGGAUAUAAAGCCUGAUGCUUUCACUUUGUCUAGUGUUCUUCCGAUUUUUUCAGAGUAUGUUGAUGUUAAAAGGGGAAAAGAGAUUCAUGGGUACGUGAUUAGGAAAGGGAUUGAUGCUGACGUGUAUAUUGGGAGUAGCUUGGUUGAUAUGUAUGCUAAAAGUGCUCGGAUUGAAGAUUCCGAAAGAGUGUUUUCUCACUUGUUGAGACGGGAUAGUAUCUCAUAUAACUCGCUUGUUGCCGGGUAUGUACAGAACGGUAGAUAUAACGAGGCUCUCAAGUUAUUCAGGCAAAUGGUGACCGCAAAGGUUAGGCCGGGACCUGUGGCUUUCUCGAGCGUGUUGCCUGCUUGUGCUCACUUAUCCACCUUGCACCUUGGGAAACAACUUCACGGGUAUGUGUUGAGAGGUGGCUAUAGCGAUAACAUAUUCAUAGAUAGUGCGCUUGUGGAUAUGUACUCCAAAUGUGGGAGCAUUAAGGCUGCUAGGAAGAUUUUUGACAGGAUGAAUGUGCAUGACGAAGUUUCAUGGACGGCUAUUAUAAUGGGGCAUGCGUUACAUGGUCAUGGGCAUGAAGCAGUUUCCUUGUUCGAGGAAAUGAAACAGAGAGGUGUGAAGCCAAAUCAUGUAGCGUUUGUUGCUGUACUAACUGCUUGUAGUCACGUUGGGUUGGUAGAUGAGGCGUGGGGAUAUUUCAACAGCAUGACUGAGGUAUACGGUUUGAACCAUGAGUUGGAACAUUACGCAGCUGUAGCUGAUCUUCUUGGCCGUGCAGAGAAGCUGGAAGAAGCGUAUGAAUUCAUUUCAAACAUGCGUGUUGAGCCUACGGGUAGCGUAUGGUCUACGUUACUGUCUUCUUGCAGCGUUCACAAGAAUCUUGAGCUAGCAGAGAAGGUUGCUGAAAAGAUAUUCGCUGUUGAUUCUGAGAACAUGGGAGCUUGUGUGCUGAUGUGCAACAUGUAUGCAUCUAACGGGAGAUGGAAAGAGAUGGCGAAACUGAGAUUGAGAAUGAAGAAGCUAGGAAUGAGGAAAAAGCCAGCUUGUAGUUGGAUCGAGUUCAAAGACAAGACUCAUGGUUUUGUCUCAGGGGAUAGAUCGCAUUCGAGUAUGGAGAGAAUCAACGAGUUUCUUGAAGCGGUAAUGGAACAGAUGGAGAGAGAAGGGUAUGUUGCAGACACAAGCGGAGUGCUCCACGAUGUGGAUGAGGAGCAUAAGAGGGAGCUUUUGUUUGGACACAGCGAGAGAUUAGCUGUUGCGUUUGGUAUCAUCAACACAGAGCCUGGCACGACGAUAAGGGUCACUAAGAACAUAAGGAUAUGCAGGGAUUGUCAUGUUGCUAUCAAGUUUAUUUCGAAGAUCACAGAGAGAGAGAUUAUCGUGAGGGAUAAUAGCAGAUUCCAUCAUUUCAACCGUGGAAGCUGUUCUUGUGGAGACUAUUGGUGAGAGAGUAAGUGUAUCGUGUUUGUUCGGAGUUAGAAUGAUGAGCGAUAAGCUUCCAUUACAGUGAUUGCAGUGUUGAGAGUUAAAGAAAUGUGAAAAGAUACUCUAUGUAUCUUAAAAUCAACAUGACGCCAUUUCUUAUAUGUUUUGCUUCGAUAUACGUAAUUAUUUACAGUGAAAAUAAGAACCUGCUCAAUAUGCUAGUGUCAAAUACACACAUUGGGAUCGGUGAGAAGAGAUGAUCUGGACUCUGGAGUCGCUUGGUUAUGUGAUGAUGUACCAGCUAUUGGCUUGUGUAAAGCAUGAAAAUCCUCAUAACUUGGGACGGCGUGUAUCUUCUUGUCUCAGUCAACCAUGGCAAGGUCUAAAAGCUGGGCUUUACCCCGAAGGGAGCCCUUCCAGAAAUUCUCGAGAGCCUAAGACAAGCUUAGGCCCAGGAGGGGGUUUGGAAAUAGUUUUCAACCAGCAAUAGACGCGCCUCGGUUAGUACCUCAUUAGCUGCGUCAUUGCCCCAAGCGCAAAGAUGCUUUAUCAAGGACAACGUGAGCUUUGUUUUAUAACACAAGUUUAUUGACCUUAGAAGUUCUCGCUACCGAUGUGGGACGAAUAUACACACCUUUUACAAUUAAACACCGAUCGGGCUUCAAUGCAUAUUGGGCCUCAGAAUCUGGGUCGACAAAAAUCUAUUAACAGCUUUUUUUUUAGGUCGAAUUCUUGGAAAUUAAUUUUUUUGAGUUAUAAGCUUUUUUUCAAUGAACAUGUUUUAAGUUUUUUUUUCUUGUGAAAGAUACCUUUAUUUAAAAGCUGUUACUGAUUUUCGUAUAACCUUGUAGGAAGAAAAUGUGAGAAAACAAUCUCUCUCUCUCUCCCUCUCCCUCUCUUAAUGUAUUUAUAUAAUUUGUUACCAAGACUAUAAAGUAGUGUUUAUGUA